AUGUAUAGACAAAUACCUUUAUCUGUUGCGUUCAGUAGUGAAAACCCUGACGUCAAAAUAAAGGGGAACAGAGUAACGUUUAAGUUUCCAACAGACUGGAUUGUGAACAUAAAUGAAGAGAAGUACAUUGGCAUAACAUCUAUGUAUAUAACACGUGCUUUCAGAAAGGUUGACUUUAUACUUCAAGUCGAGAUAGAAAAUGACGAACAGUCUUUAAGCGCCCAAAACAUUCACAUAUACAAAUACUUUAAAGACGAUACAACAUUGCAACAAUGUAUGAUUUCAUUUAAUGAAAUGUUCGAGAAAAAGUUUAACAUUGAAGUACAAACUUUACAGCCUUUACGUGAGUUUCUUGCACAACUGAAAGAAGAAGGUAGUCAGCCACAACUUAUAGACUUUCAUUAUGAAUUUAAUGAAAAUGAAGAUGGAACUCAUGACUGUCAGUUUGUUGUAUUCUCACCAUUCAAUGAAGUCGCUAAAAAGAAAGAAAAUCCAUUACGUAUAAGAUUUCAAAUCUCUGAACCAAGUGAUGAUUUCAAGAAUGUUUUCAAUUAUGAUGCAAUGCUUCCGAGGAAAAAUGAAUUUUCAAAGAUU